GAGAGACACUUCCAAAGUGAAAAAAUGUGUGCCCCCCCAACCCCCUGGAACUUCUAAAAUAACAGAAUGAAAACGAGACGCCUAAUGUGUGCUGAAUUAAACGUCCCCAAGACAGGUGCCUUAAUGACAGGGCACGGGACCCAGAUUGCGGCCGACAGAGACGGCUGGGAGACGGUCUUUGAAGUCAAGUACGACAGCUUGGCGCGCGAACAUGACCUAGUCUUCGAGGACGCGCCGCCAACCAUGAAAUACAUGGUAGCUGAACCUUUAAAAAGUAGCGGGACUGAAUCUGCAGUCAAAGAGUAAAUUCUAGCUUUUGAAUUUUUA